UGCAGCCUCUCCUCCCCCAUCUACUCUUGCGAUGAAUUUUUAAGGCAAGCGUGUGCACAUACACUCAUCACUCUCUCGGUCUCAGUCUCUUCUCUCCACUCCGAUCUCUUCCGCCUUCUCUGGUCAAGUGGUCAGGGGCAGCAUGCCUCAGGUUGACCUGGAGAGCUUUGUAUGCGGCGUGGCGGGCGCCGGAGCCGGCGACAGGAAGGUGUCGUGCGAGACGGUCAUCGCGGGGGAGAGUGGGGACGCGUCGCCGCCAAGGAUGCCGCCGCCGGACCCCGACUUCCCGCCAGAGUCGAUAACCAUCCCCAUCGGCGACGAGGUGGCCUUCUCGGAGCUGAACCCGAUAUACGACCGGGACGACUCCACCAAGGGCAGCACCAACCCCAAGUCGGCGGCCGGCGCAUCCAACGGCCCCAUCCCGGCCAAGUCGCGCUCCAACUCCACGCGCAUCGCGGGCGCCCCCGCCGCGGCCACCACGUUCUUCGGCCUCCCCGCCAGCAUCCGCCCGGCGUUCACCCGGCGCCGGCCGUCACAGGGCCGGAUCUUGCCCGACAAACGCUCGGGCGGCCGCAGCGGCAGGGGGGACGGCGAGGAGGAACCUCGGUCGCCCAAGGUGUCCUGCAUUGGCAAGGUGCUGUCCGACCGGGAGAGAUACGGCCGCAGUCGGGGCCGGAGGUGGUGGCGCGGGUUGGUGGCCGUGUUCCUCUGCGGCGGCGGCGGUGGCUGCUCUUGCCAAGGUGGAGGAGGACGGCACCGGCACGCCACGAAAAAGGUGGCGUUGGACGAGGACCGCGACGGGGACGACGAGAAGCAGCCGGGCAUCGCGGCAAUGCGGAGGUUCAAGUCCGGGAGACGAACCGCCUCAUGGGUAGAAGAGGCAAUAGCAGCGGCGGAGGCCGCCGGUGAGGAGGAGGAGGAGGAGGAGGAGCAGCAGCAGCAGGACGACGCCAAGACGCAGGACGAGAAGGCCGAGCGCCACGACACUGAGCAGUGGGCCCCACGGCUGGUAAGUUAGGUUGCAGCAGAGGCGGGAAGCGCGGUAGCACUAGAUGCUUUGGAUACGAGACGGUGGGGCCCCUCUGUAAGCGACCCGUGUGUCGUCGGUCAAGCCAAAAACUGCCAAAGCCGUCUCGAGUUGUAUCCAUCAGAUUCAGCGACGAGAAGGGACGGAGUCACGGAGGGAUGGGCGGCGGAUCAUGCAGCGGAUUGCGAUUUGGUGAAUGAAUCGAAUCGCCUCGGAAUGGGGGGGGGAGUUCUUGAGUUUUUCGGUGGUGUUUUUGCUGUUUUGGAAUUUUGCACUUAGGGAUGGGGGGGGGGGGGUGGGGGGUUGUGUUGCGUGUUGCGCGGCCAAUGAUCGCGUUUGUACAUACCCACCAGAAAAAUGAAUAACUCGAGCGCGCGCAAUGCGCUGCUCCAUUCGUGCCACCCCAAUCCUCUGCUCCUUUCCGUGAUCCUG